CGCGGCCGGCCGCGGCGUUCCCGGGGCGGCUUGGGCGCGGGGCGGCGAGGCGGCGAGGCGGCGAGCGACGCGGGCUCCUGAGUCAUGGCCCUCCCCCGGCCCCUCCUCUCCCGCGCCCGCGCCGCGCCCCCCCGCAGGGGCUAGCGCUCCGCGGCUCCGGGGGGGCGGGGCUGCCGGGAUGGCUGGGCCCCCGUCGGCUCCUCCGCCGGGCUCGCCCUUGUACCUGCGGAGGCAGGCGCCCUGCCCGCAGUGCUCAUGGGGCAUGGAGGAGAAGGCGGCGGCCAGCGCGGGCUGCCCGGAGCCGCCGGGUCCCCCGAGGGCUGCCGCCGUCCCGUGCUUCGGCGUAUCCGUGGACCAGGACGACAUCCUCCCGGGCGCCCUGCGCCUCAUCCAGGAGCUGCGGCCGCACUGGAAGCCCGAGCAAGUUCGGACCAAGCGCUUCACCGAUGGCAUCACCAACAAGCUGGUGGCCUGCUAUGUGGAGGAAGACAUGCAGGACUGCGUGCUGGUACGGGUGUACGGGGAGCGGACGGAGCUGCUGGUGGACCGGGAGAACGAGGUCAGGAACUUCCAGCUGCUGCGAGCACAUGGCUGCGCCCCCCAACUCUACUGCACCUUCCUGAACGGGCUGUGCUACGAGUACAUGCGGGGCGUGGCCCUGGGACCUGAGCACAUCCGCGAGCCCCGGCUCUUCAGGCUAAUCGCCUUAGAAAUGGCAAAGAUUCACACCAUCCACGCCAACGGCAGCCUGCCCAGGCCCACCCUCUGGCACAAGAUGCACAGUUAUUUCACCCUUGUGAAGAGUGAGAUCAACCCCAGCCUGACUGCAGAUGUCCCGAAGGUAGAGGUGUUGGAGCGGGAGCUGGUCUGGCUGAAGGAGCACCUGUCCCAGCUGGACUCCCCUGUGGUCUUUUGUCACAACGACCUGCUCUGCAAGAAUAUCAUCUAUGACAGCACCAAAGGCCACGUGCGCUUCAUUGACUAUGAAUAUGCUGGCUACAACUACCAAGCUUUUGACAUCGGCAACCAUUUCAAUGAAUUUGCAGGUGUGAGUGAGGUGGACUACAGCCGGUACCCCGCGCGGGAGACCCAGCUGCAGUGGCUGCACUACUACCUGCGGGCCCAGAAGGGCAUGGCCGCGAGCCCCGGGGAGGUGGAGCGGCUCUACGUGCAAGUCAACAAGUUUGCGCUGGCGUCUCACUUCAUCUGGGCACUCUGGGCCCUCAUCCAGAACCAGUUCUCCACCAUCAACUUCGAUUUCCUCAGGUACGCAGUGAUCCGAUUCAACCAGUACUUCAAGGUGAAGCCUCAAGUGUCAGCCUUGGAAAUGCCAAAGUGACCGACGUCCCCAUCCCUCCCUUACCUAGCUGCCUGGCCAGAGCUGUUCAACAGGGCCUUGGUCUGCUCAGGGGUCCACACCCUUGGACAAGGUGGGAGAGGGACAGGUGGAUGUCCAGGGAGAAGACUCUGCCCC